GCCAGCAGAGCUGGAAGUGAAAGUCAACGGCUCACGUAAAACACAAGUCACAAUGUUUCCCAAGUCUUUACAACAGUUAUUCAACCGCCACAACGCUCGACUCACGCUUAUCUUACUGGCCAUCGCUUCGUUCGGAUUAGUCGUGAAAAAUGUUUCGUUCGAAGAAAACGAGUUGAUGCCGGAAUGCUCCGCCGACGACCUGCAAGAGGAAGACUAUUACGUUUCAUCCCUCUGCAAUUGCGGAAAGAAAAUUCCAAUUAAAUCCAACGAAACGGCAGAGCCGGACGCUUUCCAGUGGUGCAGCACCGAAUCUUCUGCGAGAGGCCAUCACCAACGGAUCGUGACGUACGCUCUGUUCGGCAACGCCCACAACGCUUCCGUAUUCCGGCGCUACUAUUCCAAUUUGAGGAACAUUUCCUUGACGGUGGAGAAACAGUAUCCGGGUUACGUCAUCCGCAUCUACCACAACGUCGUCGACGACCCCGACAGCGAAGGUUAUCGCCAAUUAUGCAACGUCUAUUGCCGCUAUCCCAACGUCGACUUGUGCAGCGUUCCGGAAUUGGCCGACCGGAUUGGCGAUAAUUCGACGACGCCCAUCGAUCCGGUUCUCAUCCGGGGACUCAACCCGAGAAUGUACCGCUAUUUAGUUAUGCUCGAUCCCAAUGUCGACUUGUUCAUUUCGAGGGAUGUCGAUAGUCUCAUCUUCCAACGAGAAGUGGACGCUGUCCGGCAGUGGCUACCGUCCAAUUACACCUUUCAUUUGAUGAGGGAUCACAAAGGACAUGGCUCAAUUAUCCUAGCAGGAAUGUUUGGGGUGAAACUGGAUCAGCGUAGGGAUCUGGUCGAAGGCUUGGCGAGAGCUUUAAUUCUAUCCGGACAAAAUAUCAUUGGCCAUCAGGAUCAAGCCUCUCUGGAUCGAAUUGUUUGGCCUGUAGCGAAAUAUGAUGUGAUGGCCCACGAUAGUUACCACUGCCAGAAUCCGUACAUCGUUAAGACGAGCGUGCUGAAGGUGUUUCCCUUCCCCACCAAACGAAACGGAAGAUAUUACAUCGGAGGUGCCGGUCACGAAUUAUAUCCCGAAAUUUGUCCGAUCGAUUGCCGUCCUCCUGAUCACCAGGACUGGGAAUAUUGUUAAAAAUAAUUCAUUGUAACUUUUCGGAGUCAAAUUAA